CAAGUGAAAAUAUUUAAAGUACAUACCAAUUAAAUGUCCAGCGGCGUCAACAGCAUGUCUGGGUCUAAUUCCAUAAAACAUUCUAAAGUGAAAUCCUCAGAGAUACUGCAACGUGUUUCACUCGCUGAAAGGAUGAGGCCAACGAAUAUUGCAGCUUACGUGGGGCAGAAACAAAUCAUUGGUCCAGACACUGUUUUAAGAUAUUUGUUGGAAAAGGCAGAGAUUCCUAGUAUGGUGUUCUGGGGCCCACCUGGCUGUGGAAAGACAUCCCUGACUAAUAUAAUAGCGUCUUUAAGCAGGGAACUAAUGAGUAACAAUAUGCACAUUGUGAAUUUAUCAGCAGCGAGUUCUGGUGUAAAAAAUAUAAGGGAAGCUGUUACUGAAGCAAAGAACAAAAUGAAAUUGUUUGGAUGCAAGACCAUUGUCUUCAUGGAUGAAAUUCAUCGUUUCAAUAAGCUGCAGCAAGAUAUAUUCCUGCCUCAUGUAGAGGCAGGAACAUUUACCUUGAUUGGAUGUACCACCGAAAAUCCAUCUUACAGCUUAAAUCCAGCUUUACUAAGUCGCUGUCGCGUGUUUAAAUUAAAUAAAUUAACGGAAUGCAAUGUAACAGAGAUUCUUAAUAGAGCAAUAGAGUUCAUAAACGGAAGCACGCUUGAUGCACAAGAAAAAGGAUACACAAGUGGCGAAGAGCAGACUAAAUUUAAUUCCAAAAGAAAACUUAAAUUUCAUGUUGAUAAUAAUACAGUACAGUGGCUAGCAGAGGCAUGUGAUGGCGAUGCACGUGUAGCUUUGAAUGCUUUAGAAUUGGCAAUGAUUGCGAAACAGACAAAUGUAUCAAAAAUAUCAUACGACAAUAAUAUCAUAAUAAGUCUAAAAGAUAUUAAAGAAGGCAUAAUAAAAGUGCAUAUGCUUUCUGAGAAAGAAACUAAUCAGAGUCAUCACUUGUAUUCUGCGCUUCAUAAAUCAAUAAGAGCUGGUAAAAAAAAUGCUGCCCUGUACUGGCUGGCCAGAAUUAUGGCAGUUAAGGAAGAUCCGGUAAACAUUGCGAGACGAUUAGUUAGGAUAUCCAGUGAAGACAUUGGUCUAGCAGAUCCAGAUGCUUUGGGUGUAGCUGUUCAUACAAUGCAUGGAUGUCAAAUGAUUGGUAUGCCAGAGUGUGACGUGCUUUUGGGCCAAUGCACGCUUUACUUAGCAAAAGCACCAAAGUCUCGAUCGAUAUACAAUGCAUUAAAAGCCACUGAGAAAGUAAUUUUGGAAUGUGAAGGUCCUCAACCUGCCGUACCAUUACAUAUGAGAUGCAAUUCAACAGACGCAAAACUGUAUUAUCUAUAAUUCAUAUUAUAAAUAAUCUAAUAAGAGAGCCAA